GAUUUGGCUUAGCCUAAGAAUAAGCUGAUGGGCAUGGCUUAAAGAUCCCAGAUCACAUGUGUAGAAUUGGGCAUUGCUCAAGCAAACAGACAUCUGUGCACUGUAUCUGCUGUACGUACUUGAGCAGAGAAGAGUCUGCAAGAAGCAAGAAGUCACAUCUCCUGGCCUGCAGAGAAAACAGAAACAUGAGCACAGCAGGAAAAGUAAUAAAAUGCAAAGCGGCUGUGCUGUGGGGGGUUAAAAAACCAUUUUCCAUUGAGGAGGUGGAGGUUGCACCUCCUAAGGCCCAUGAAGUUCGUAUUAAGAUGGUGGCCACAGGAAUCUGUCGUUCAGAUGACCAUGUGGUUAAUGGAUCCUUGGUCAUGCCUCUUCCUAUGAUCCUAGGCCAUGAGGCAGCCGGCAUUGUGGAGAGCAUUGGAGAAGGGGUGACUACAGUAAAACCAGGUGAUAAAGUCAUCCCACUCUUUGUUCCCCAGUGUGGAGAGUGCAAUGUGUGUAAACAUCCAAAAGGCAACUACUGCUUGAAAAAUGAUGUGACCAAUCCUCGGGGGACCCUUGUGGAUGGUACCUCCAGGUUCACCUGCAAAGGGAAGCCCAUCCACCAUUUCCUCGGCACCAGCUCCUUCAGCCAGUACACAGUGGUGGAUGAGAUGUCAGUGGCCAAGAUCAAUGCAGACUCACCACUUGAGAAAGUCUGUCUCAUCGGCUGUGGAUUUUCUACUGGUUAUGGGUCUGCAGUCAAUGUUGCCGAGGUCACCCAGGGCUCCAUCUGUGCCGUGUUUGGCCUUGGAGGAGUUGGCCUGUCUGUUAUCAUUGGCUGUAAAGCAGCCGGAGCAGCCAGGAUCAUUGCGGUGGACAUCAACAAAGACAAAUUUGCAAAGGCCAAAGAGGUGGGAGCCACUGAGUGUGUUAACCCUCAUGACUAUGACAAACCCAUCGAGGAGGUGCUGAAGGAAAUGAGUGGUGGAGGUGUGGAUUUUUCAUUUGAAGUCAUUGGUCAGCUUGACACCGUGAACUCUGCCUUGUUGUGCUGUCACGAAGCAUAUGGCGUAAGCGUUGUUGUAGGAGUGCCUCCUAAUUCCCAGACUCUCUCUGUGAACCCCAUAUUGCUGUUGACUGGACGUUGCUGGAAAGGAGCUAUUUUUGGUGGCUUUAAAAGUAAGGAGUCUGUCCCCAAACUUGUGGCUGAUUUUAUGGCUAAGAAGUUUUCACUGGAUCCUUUAAUAACCCAUGUUUUACCCUUUGAAAAAAUAAAUGAGGGAUUUGACCUGCUUCGCUCAGGAAAGAGUAUCCGUACCGUCCUGACAUUCUGAGACCGUACACGUGCCUUCACUUGUAGCAGUCUUCUGGCUCCUCCAUCAUCGGAAACAUCAGCCAAACAUCGUCAAUAAUUCUAUUCUUCAGAGAUGCUACUAAUAAAUUACAUAUGGGAGCUUUCCAAAAGAAAUCAAAAUUGAUGUAAAAUUAUCUUUCAAACAAAUGUUUAAAAUUCAAGUGAGAGCUAGAUGAACUAUCAUUUGGGUAACUGAGUCCAACAAACAUUCCUUCUUAAUCAUUCUA